GCGUAUUUAGAUCCUCUUAACCUCACAUUUUUGUCAAAUAUUAAGAAUUAUCUAUCGAAAGUAUUUAUUUAUUUAUGAUAAUAAACGACCUCAAGUGAAUCUGCCACUAACAUCUAAUUAUAAAUUAGACUUUAUCAGUGUAAUUUUUAUAAUGGUUUAAUUUUCUGAAAGACGUGUUAAGAACAUGUAAACAAUGGCUACAUUUCACGUUUUACAAGAAGGUCCGGUAAAUGCUUUAGCAUUAAAUAGAGACAACACUCAGGUAGCAAUUGGUGGACGCAAUGUGUUUAAAGUUUACACAAUUGAAGAAGACAAAUUUCGAGAAGUAUGCAACUUGCGAGCAUCAAAACAUCUCAACUUGAGUUUUUCUUGCAAUGAUGUUUCCUGGAGUUGGACUGACGAUCAUUAUUUGGCCACUGCCGCCACCAAUGGCCAUGUUUGUGUGUGGAAUCUAACAAAAAUGGGCAAAGCGAUGCAAGAACAAGACUAUCAAGAACACAAACGUACAGUUAACAAAGUGAAUUUUCAUGCCAGUGAGCCAAAUAGACUCAUAUCAGGCUCUCAAGACGGCACAAUGCGUUAUUUUGAUAUUCGCGUUAAAAACGCUGUUGCUAUUUUUUACAGUAACACAGAGAGUGUGCGUGAUGUACAAUUCAGUCCUCAUAAUCCGUACACUUUUGCGGCCGUUUCAGAAAAUGGAAGCGUCCAAUUGUGGGACGUGAGGAGGUCUGAUAAAUGCCAACAGCAAUUUGCUGCACACAGUGGACCAAUUUUUGCAUGUGAUUGGCAUCCAGAGAACACGUGGUUGGCUACUGCUAGUAGGGAUAAAACAAUCAAAGUCUGGGAUUUGACGAGCAAACUGACUUUGGAAUAUACUAUUCAUACUAUAGCUUCUAUAGGACAUGUCAAGUGGCGCCCUCAACGCCGAUUUCAUAUAGCUUCAUGUGCUUUAGUUGUCGAUUGUAGCAUAAACAUAUGGGAUGUGAGACGGCCCUAUAUUCCUUAUGCUGCUUUUAAUGAACACAAGGAUACUCCAAGUGGGGUGGCUUGGAAGGAGGACCCUCAUGUUUUUCUUAGUAGUGGUCGGGACAGUACUUUGUACCAGCAUUCAUUCGAUUACGCUAGCCGACCUGCUAAAAAAGCUAAUCCUCAAGGUGUCUCAUUAAACAAUCGAGGUGAGAUUUUGUACGCUCACAAAACUAAUGUUAGCACUUUGGUUAAAGCACCAGUUGGUAUAAUAAGGAAAACAUCAACAACACAAUCACCUGAUCUUUUCCACUUAGCUUCCAGUUUAAUGCAUCAGUUUACCUUGUCCAACGAAAACAAAUGCGAAUCGGAGAUUUUCAUUGGUUUAGCCAAGAAUUACAUAUUGAGUGGACGGAGUUUAUCUGAAAUGUGCGAACAUAAUUCAGCGGUAGCAAACAAAUACGGAAAAAACCAAAUCUCUGUCGUAUGGAAAAUAAUGAAAACGAUGUAUGGCGAAGAGUAUUUACAAACUAGUAGCAAUAACAAUAAUCGAGAAGAUAUUAUUUCACAUAACAAUAUGGGUUUAGAUCACAGUAAUGAGAACGAUCAAAGAUCACGUGGUGGUGACACUCCUGCGGCUCAGUUUAGUGAUGAGACUGAAAACGAGGAUCAAGUCGAUCACAUCGCGAUCUACAAUAACGGCUUUCCUACAUAUUUGAAUAUUAGAACAGGUUUACCGAAAGGAGAUUUCUCUUUUGGAGAGAACGAGUUGGAUAUGGAGUUGGAUGGGAUUAUGACGGACUUCCAGAGCGGUUAUCGAAAUUUCGUGACGCCUCAGCAGGAUUUUGUUCUACCAAACGAAGCAUUUCAUAUUAGACACGAAAUCAGAAAUCGGUCGCCGCCUCCUGACAAAUUUCCCAAUAAUUUUCCUCCUGUGAUGAGUGACGACCAAAAUAUACCGUUUGAAGAGCAACCAAAUAAUCUUCUUACAGUGUCUUGUUUACCAAAAAUGCCUUUGUGGGAUCCUUCAAGUAUCGUUUUGGAUGCUUUAAAACAUCACGCGAUGUUGGGAGACGUCCAAACGGCCGCUUGUGUCUUAAUCGUUCUCGGCGACCAAAGAAAAUGUUUGAAUGAUUUAGAUGAAAGUACACAAGAGCAUUGGCUUUUGGGCUACAUUGAAUUGUUGAGUCGAUUCCAACUCUGGAAUAUCGCCACACAAAUUAUCAAAUUAUCUUGGAUACCUGCCGUUGAACAAUUGAAUCAACAAUCCACUAGAUUUAACACUAAUUGCAGCAAAUGUAGUAAAGCGUUGCAAAGAAUUGGAUGGCUUUGUGACAGAUGUCAUUCGUCACAAUAUGCGUCUUGUAGUGUAUGUCAUCAAGUUGUUAAAGGAUUGUACGCUUGGUGUCAAGGUUGUUCGCACGGAGGACAUUUAUUACAUAUGAAGCAAUGGUUUGCUGUUAAUAAAAUGUGUCCCACAGGGUGUAGACAUUUGUGCGAAUAUAAGUGAUUUUUUUUAUUUAAUCAUUUACUGGUUUAUUUAUUUGAAAGAUUUUUUCCCAUGGAAAUUAAGUGACAAAAAGAAGGUCAGAAAUUUGCGUGAUGACAGUAGUGUUUAAAAUAAUAAGUGAGAUAUAUUAUGUCGUAAUUAGUCAUUUAUAAUUACAAAUAAUAAAGACUUUUUAUCAUCA